UCUGUCAGUGUGCUCCGACCUGCACACGUACUACUGGGGUGUGGUCAGAUGACACUAACCUGGCUGGUGCAUUUUUCAACCUCUGCUCUGACUCUUGACUCAACCUAACAAAAAUACUAGUACGGUAUUGACCUUUUUUAUUCAACAAUGGAAUGAAGUUGUUUCUUCAUUGAGGACUAUUUUGCGGUAGGGAAAAUCUUGUUCUUUAAAACGAAGGUGUUUGCGGUUACUUUUGUACAGUGUGUUAACCUAGUCUGACCACUUUACCGGGUCAUUAUCACGUGUGUGUCGUAAGUUUUCGGUCUCACUAAACCAUGGACCGUCUGAAGUUAGUUUUACAGUAUUUUCAGUCCAAUUCCGAGUCCAUAUCAAAUGGAAUCUGUAUUGUACUGGCCCUGAUCAGUGUGAAGCUCUACACCAGCUUUGACUUCAACUGCCCCUGUAUUCCACAAUACAACAAACUCUACGCACUGGGGGUGAUGUUUGUCCCGCCUUUAAUAUUCUUCUUCCUGGGAAUCUUGGUCAAUCGACACACAGGGGUCAUGAUGGAAGAAUGGUUGAGACCCAUUGGGAAGAGAAGCAAAAAUCCUGCCAUUGUCAAGUACAUGUUCUCUGCCAUGUUGCAGAGGGCUCUACUGGCGCCCAUGGUGUGGAUUCUGGUCACUCUGCUGGAUGGGAAGAUCUUCAUCUGUGCUUUCAGCAUGAGUGUAGACCCCAAGCCUUUCUCAGGCAUGCCCAACAAUACCGGCCUUGACCUGAUCAAGCUCAUGGCCAAGGUGCCCUGCAAGGAGGAUAUGAUCUUCAGGAACAGCACAUUUCGUAAAGCUGUUUCACGCUACGUGCGCUGCUACUCCCAAGCGAUUGGCUGGUCUAUCCUCCUCUUCUUCAUUCUCUUGGGUGCGCUGGGCCGUCUCAUCAAGCCCUGUUUCGACGACCACGCCACCAACCUCCAGACGCGCUACUGGAGCAACUACCUGGACAUCGAGCAGAAGCUCUUCGAUGAGACCUGCGUGCUUCACUGCCGCGAUUUUGCCCGCAAGUGCGUUGUGCAGUUCUUCGAGGGCAUGCGGGAAGACGCAGUACUCAGACUGCCUCUCUCACCCGAAGUCAGGUACAGGGGGGAAGAAGACAUGGUGGAUGAAGAGGAGGAGAGACUCCAUGGGAUCACCAAGCAGGAACAGAUGGAUCAACUGCUUCAAACAUGGUUCCAGUGUAAACCUGAGCUGGAUGUCACUAGGAUGGCCUACAGACCUAGGGUGUGUGUCACCUGGGAGGACCACAAUGGACAAACGCUCUACUCAGAUGUUUAGAUGUGUGUGCGCACAAUAGUAUAAGAAUCUAUAAGCUACAAACAAUACAUUCAACAUGAUUAUGUCGAAAAUACUUUUAGAGAGCGGACCUUAGAAAUCUUGUUCCUCAGAAUAUUUGAAUAUGCUGGGAUUUAGACUAGCUAGUUUUGCAUAGUUAAUUUUACAUACUCCAUGAAUACAAGACAUGCAAAUUACAGAUGGACUGACAAAUAGUCCCUAGUGGUGCCUGAUUCAUCUAAUCCCAACAAAUAUGUAAUUCAGAGGUUACUACUAUGUAAUUAUAAUUUUACCAUAUACCAUAUUUUACCAUAUUUUACCAUAUAUAUAUAUAUAUAUAUAUAUAUAUAUAUAUAUAUUAGAGAAUCCCUGGUAAUUUCUGUACCAUAACAUAAAGUGCCAAUAAAUAUUAUUAUUGUAUAUUGUAAUUUACUGUAUAUGUACUAAAGGACACAUGGUUUUAGUGGCUUUCAGCUACAGUGCCUGCAGAAAUUAUUCAUAGCCUGAAUUCAAAAUGGAUUACGUUUUUUUUCUUCUCAUCCAUCUACACACAAUACCCCAUAAUAACAAAGUGAAAACAUGUUUUAGGAUUAUUUUUUUUAAAUGUAUUGAAAAUAAAAUACAGAAAUAUCUCAUUUACAUAAGUAUUCACACCCCUAAGUCAAUACAUGUUAGAAUCACCUUUGGCAGUGAUUACACUGUGAGCUUUUCUGGGUAAUUAUUGAAGAGCUUUACACACCUGGAUUCUUCAAUCUCCCUAGUCCUUGCCAAUGACAAGCAUACUCAUUACAUGAUGCAGCCACCACCAUGCUUGAAAAUAUGAAGAGUGGUGCUCAGCGAUGUGUUGUGUUUGCCCCAAACAUAACACUGUAUUCAGGACAUAAUGUUAAUUUCUUUGACACAUUUUUUGCAGUUUUACUUUAAUGCCUUAUUGCAAAUAGAAUGCAUGUUUUUGAAUAUUUUUUUAUUAUGUACAGGCUUCCUUCUCACUCUGUCAUUUAGGCUAGUAUUAUGGGGUUACUACAUCCUCAGUUUUCUAUCACAGUCAAACUCUUCAACUGUUUUAAAGUUUUAAAACUGUAUGGUGAAAUUCGUGAGCAGUUCCCUUCCUCUCCGGCAACUGAGUUAGGAAGGACACCUGUAUAAUGUAGUGGCAGGGUGUAUUGAUACACACUCCAAAGUGUAAUUAAUAACUUCACCACGCUCAAAGGGAUAUUCAGUGUCAGAUUAUUACAUUUUUUUCCCAUCUACCAAUAGGUGCCCUUCUUCACCAGGCAUUGGAAAAACUCUGGCCUUUGUGGUUGAGUUAUUGUUUGGUAGUCAUUCAAAAAUCACGUUAAACACUAUUAUUGCACAAAGUGAGUCCAUGCAGCAUAUUAUGUGACUUGUUAAGCACAUUUGUACCCCUAGACUUAUUUAGACAUGUCAUAACAAAGGGCUGAAUACUUGACUCAAGACAUUUCAACUUUUCAUUUUCUUUUCAAAAAACAUAAUUCAUCUUUGACAUUAUGAGGUAUUGUGUAUAGGCCAGUGGCACACAACCUCAAUUGAAUCCAUUUAUAUUCAGGCUGUGACACAACAAAAUGUGGGGAAAAACCAAUGGGUGUGAAUACUUUCUGAAGGCACUGUAUAUAUAGCAUAGAUUAGACAAUAAGGUUAUUGUCUUUGGUUCAAGCCAUGAUCAUAUAGUGCUGACUCUGAAAUAAUGAACUGAGACAAAGUCUCAUGCAACAAAGACUACUGUGAAUGCAGAGACUUCCCACUGCGUGUAUACAUGGUGUGCUGGAAACCCUGUACUUAUUAAUGGAAGUUGGAUCCUGUGCUGUGGUUUCCCCCGAUUUCAUCUUUAUGAUAUUAAAUUGUUCCUAUAGGAAUCAAAGCUUUGAAGUCUCAGGAUGUUGUACUGUAGCAAUGCUUGACUCAAAGCCUUCCUGGUGUGGGGUUUUCUUUUUGUAUUUUUAAUGCAGUACAGACAUGGCUCCAGAGACCACUGCCACAAGCAAAAAGGCUGAGUCCAAAGCACUUCUAGAAUUCUUCAUGCUUGAUAACAAUGGAUCAUUUUACAAAACAACUUUUGGUCCAGGGACAAGGCUCUUGCCCCCCUCUCCCCUAUACCAUCUUAUCUUCUCCCAUGGCAAGUGAGUGAUCUGUGUCACAUUUCAGUUCAGCUUGUCCCCAUCCUAAGUUCGCCCUCUCCUUUUCUGAGCCCUUUUCUGUGGCCCUCUCUUUGUGAUCCUGCUUUUUGCCUUAGGUAAUUACUUUUUGGUUAUUUUACCAUAACACAAGAUUGAGAGACUACACCAAUCAAAUCAUAUUGAUUGUUCAAACGUAGACAUUUAGACCGCAUGUGAUAGGCUUCUUGUCAGGGAGACAGUGUGUAUUUGGAAACUUGUAGAGGGUGUAAACUAUCUGCUGCUGUGUGCCUCUUGCAUUCCUGGGUUGUUUUGCCCAGGCUUAGCUAACCAUGUUGUGGAUAUCUGUGGCAAAGAUGUCCUGAAGAGCAACGUUUUGUGUGCCCAUAUGUUUUUACAAUCACGGAUGUUGCUCAAUCAAGGAGGUGCUUGAAAAAGAUUGUUUAAAAAAAACAACAUUGAUUAUCUGUUAUCCAACAGAAAGAAAAGUACAUAAAGGAAUAAAGUCAUUUUACAUGG